ACUGGAGUGUAUAGAGAGGGUAGUCAAAAUGGGUUCCUCUAGAUUAUUGGUUUCGUUUGCUCUCGUGAUUAUGGUGGCCAUCUCUUAUGAACCAUUCCCAUGGAUGGGCGUAAACGCGAGCAAUGAACCUACGAGUUGCUACCAUUCUUGUAACCAGACGUUCGAGAGUCGUCACCAAUGCUAUAAACGGUGUGAAGAAUUAGCUCACAAAGAUGGGUAUAAGAUUUAUGGGUAUCCUUACUCCACCAAUACAAGGCGUGUCCUCGCCGUUCUCCACGAGAAAGGCCUUUCUUACGAUCCCAUCACCAUCGACUUGAAAGCCGGUGACCAGAAGAAGCCACGUUUUCUCUCUCUCAAUCGAUUUGGUCAAGUCCCAGUUUUCCUAGACGGGAAUUUUAAGUUAACUGAAUCCCGAGCCAUAUCUGAAUACAUAGCGACUAUUCAUAGAUCAAGAGGCUCAGAACUUCUGAAUCAUAAAAGCUUCAAGACGAUGGGAACACAAACAAUGUGGAUGAAUAUCGAAUCUUUUGAGUUCGAUCCACCUGCGUCGAUACUCACUUGGGAGCAAUCCAUCAAGCCUAUGAACGGUCUAAAGACGGACUAUAAGGUCGUGAAUGUUACCGAGCAGAAGCUAGAGAAGGUUCUAGAUAUAUAUGAAGAACGACUCAGAAAUUCUAGCUUCUUGGCCAGUAACAAAUUCACAUUAGCUGAUCUCUAUCACCUUCCUAAUAUACAAUACCUUAUGGAGACACCUACGAAGAGAUUGUUCGAAAACCGACCUAGCGUGCGCCGGUGGGUGGCUGAGAUUACAGCUAGACCGGCUUGGAAGAAGGCAUGUGAUGUGAAGGCUUGGUAUGAUAAGAAAGAGAACAAAUGA